AGAUACGUCGACCAAUGAGAAUCGUUCGUUCGUUCUUUUUCCUUUUGCUUUUGCUUUGCGACUCUUCUGACGUGCGCAGCUGCGUUUCGGUAUACUAGAGGUUCAUUUUUUUAUAUAAAAGUUUACUUUAAGAUAAUGGCAGCCCAGUGGAUACGAAAAGCAAUCUCACCAAAAAUUGGCAAUGUACGCUUCUGCAGUAAUCUUCGUAAAUGUACCCUUAUACCAGGAGACGGAAUUGGCCCAGAAAUAUCCAUUGCUGUGCAAAAGAUUUUUGAUGCUGCAAAGGUACCAAUAGAAUGGGAAUCAGUGGAUGUAACACCUGUAAAAGGUCCAGAUGGAAAAUUUGGCAUUCCACAAGCUGCUAUUGAUUCGGUUAAUAGAAAUAAAAUUGGUUUAAAGGGACCUCUCAUGACUCCAAUAGGAAAAGGUCACAGAUCUUUAAACCUUGCAUUAAGAAAAGAAUUCAAUUUAUAUGCUAAUGUACGACCAUGUCGUUCUUUGGAAGGAUAUAAAACAUUGUACGAUAAUGUAGAUGUAGUAACAAUCAGAGAAAAUACAGAAGGAGAAUAUUCAGGUAUAGAACAUGAGAUUGUAGAAGGUGUUGUACAAAGUAUUAAAUUAAUCACGGAAGAAGCAUCUAGUAGAGUAGCAGAUUUUGCUUUUCAAUAUGCUAAGGAUAAUAAUAGAAAAAAGGUAACCGCAGUACAUAAAGCAAAUAUUAUGCGUAUGUCUGACGGGUUAUUCCUUAGAUGUUGUCGGGAUGCUGCUCAAAAAUUCCCAAGCAUAAAAUUCGAAGAAAAGUAUUUGGAUACAGUGUGCUUAAAUAUGGUACAAGAUCCAAGUCAAUACGACGUUCUUGUCAUGCCCAACCUUUAUGGUGAUAUCUUAUCAGAUAUGUGUGCUGGACUUGUAGGCGGUCUUGGACUUACUCCUAGUGGAAAUAUUGGCCUUAAUGGUGCUCUCUUUGAAUCGGUGCAUGGAACUGCACCAGACAUUGCGGGUCAAGAUAAAGCUAAUCCUACAGCGUUGUUAUUAUCGUCUGUAAUGAUGUUAAAAUAUAUGGGAUUAAACGAUCAUGCGCGAAUUAUAGAAAAUGCUGCAUAUGACACUAUCAAAGAAGCCAAAUAUUUGACUGGUGAUCUUGGAGGAACUGCAAAAUGCAGCGAAUAUACUAAUGAAAUUUGCAAAAGAGUUUCUGCACAAACAAAAUAAAUAGCAUUAGAAAAUAAUUAAAUAUGAACUGCCAAAUACUCGUAGAAUUCGUGAUCUUUUAAUGUGGUAAAGCUCUUUCAAUUUAACAAACAUAAUAUCAUAUGUUGAUUCAUAUAAUUUUGCUCAGUAUCAAUUUAUAGUCCAAUUUAAUCAUAUAUCUUACAAAAUAGGAAAUACAAUUCAUUGUAAAAAUAUGUAAUUAUAUAUACCGAAGAUUUGCCCUAAGUUUGUUAUAGCAUUUACCUCAUAUAUCUCGUUACAUGCGAAUUUCCAAGUAAACGCGUAACAAUCAUCGUGUAUUUUUCUAUUCGCAUUGGUUGUUACAUAUCGUUUACUGAUAGAUAAAGGAUUUUAGUAAACUUUGUAAAGAUUAGUUUGUACAAAUUAAUGUGUAGAUGCACUCUGUAUUAUACUUUUAAAUAAAAUUGUUAUGCAAAGUGUGCUAAAGAAAAAGUUUCAGAAGUCAACAUUGUGCAGUAUUAUAAACAAAUAAAAAUAAAAAACAUAAAGGAAAAAACUU